GCAUACGUGAUCUAACUGCUUAAAUUUCAGUAUUAAUUAACGAAGAAAAUAAUGCUUUGGCCGAGAAAUCUUUUGAAGUAGCUAAGGAGUAUGUUAGGAAAAAUCCUAGUUUGGGACUUGCCGUCGAUCCUAUUAUUGUCGUCGGUAACCGGACUGAUGCUAAGGCGUUUUUAGAAAAUGUUUGUAGAAAAUAUACAGACAUGGUGUCAGGAAAGAAGCCACCACACGUCGUACUUGAUUUCACAACGACUGGAGUCGGGUCAGAGACUAUUAAAUCAUUUACUUCAGCGCUAGGUUUGCCCACUAUUUCUGGGUCUUUUGGCCAAGAAGGUGAUCUGCGUCAUUGGCAAGGUUUAAAUUUCAAUCAAGAACGUUACUUGCUCCAAGUAAUGCCACCGGCGGAUCUGCUACCAGAGUUGAUACGUGCUAUUAUUAUAAAUCAAGAUAUAACAAACGCCGCUGUUCUUUUCGAUGAUUAUUUUGGUUGGUAGCAUAGACCUUAUAAAACAGUAUAAACUUAUGAAUAAAUGAUUUAAUAUGCAUUCUUUGCAGUGAUGGAUCACAAAUACAAAUCUCUUUUACUUAAUAUGCCAACACGACACCUGAUAACACCCGUGAAAAGACUCAGUGUAGAGGAUAUUAAAACACAACUUCAAACUUUACGAGAGCUUGGAAUUACUAACUUUUUUGUUAUCGGUAGCUUGCGAACUAUACACAACGUACUAAAUGCUGCCAAUGAAAAGGAGUAUUUUGGUAGAAAAACUGCUUGGUUUGCACUAACUCUGGACAAGGGAGAUAUAAGUUGUCAAUGCAAUGCUACUAUUGUUUUAAUGCAACCCACUCCAGAUACUAGCAGUAAGGAUCGAUUAGAACAAUUAAAAACAACCUACAACAUGAAUGGAGAGCCAGAGAUUAUAUCUGCAUUCUAUUUUGAUUUGUCACUAUGAACAUUUUUGGCUAUCAAAUCACUACUUGACUCUGGCAUGUGGCCGAAGAGCAUGAAAUACAUCGGUUGUGAUGACUUUGAUGGUAAAAACACUCCCACGAGGAUGAUAGACUUAAAAACUGCGUUCAAAGAACAAACGCCAUUUGUAAUAAAAGACGAGAAAGCACCUAAAGGCUUUAAAGGCUAUUGUAUCGAUAUGAUAGACGAAAUAAGUCAGAUCCUUAAAUUCGAUUACGAAAUUAGUGUUUCACCAGACGGUGAGUUCGGAUAUAUUAAUAAGCAUGGGAAUUGGAAUGGAAUUAUAAAGGAAUUGAUAGAGGAAAGGGCAGAUAUAGGCCUGGCCGCGAUGGCUGUGAUGGCUGAGAGGGAGGAAGUGGUGGACUUUACAGUCCCAUAUUACGAUUUGGUCGGAAUCACUAUUUUGAUGAAGGUACCGCGAAAGUCAACAUCACUGUUCAAAUUUUUAACGGUUCUAGAAAAUGACGUCUGGAUCUCUAUACUCACGCUUUACUUCUUUGUAAGUGUCUUGAUGUGGGUAUUUGAAAAAUGGAGCCCAUACAGUUACCGGAAUAACCGAGAAGUGUAUAAAGAUGAUGACGAGAAACUCGAGUUCACGCUGAUGGAGUGCUUACGGUUUUGUAUGACGUCAUUAACGCAUCAGGGUGGAGGGGUGACCCCAAAGAACCUCUCCGGACGGCUAUUAGCUGCUACUUGGUGGCUUUUUGGCUUCACCAUAGUAUCAUCAUAUUCCGCGAAUUUGGCUGCAUUUCUGUCUGUCUCGCGUAUGGACUCUCCAAUAGAGUCCUUGGAUGAUCUUUCCAAACAGUACAAGAUCAAGUAUGGACCCGUCAAUCCAUCUUCUACCAUGUUCUACUUUAAAAGAAUGGCAGAUAUUGAGUCCAAGUUUUAUGAGAUAUGGGAAGAAAUGAGUCUUAACGAUAGCCUAAGUGACGUGGAGCGAGCUCAGCUUGAUGUUUCGGAAUACCCGGUUAGUACUAAAUAUACGAAAAUGUGGGAGGCGAUGACGGAAGCCGGGAUGCCGAAGACAGAGGAAGAAGCUAUUGCUAGAGUUGAAGCUUCUAAGAGUUCACGGGAAGGCUUCGCGUGGAUCGCUGAUGCCUCUGAUGUUAGAUAUCUUGUCAUGACGAAUUGUGAUUUACAAAAGGUUGGAAAUGAAUUUUCCAAAAAACCUUACGCCAUCGCGGUUCAAAAUGGAUCACCACUAAAAGAUCAGUUCGACAGAGUCAUAAUAAAGCUAAGUAACGAUCGUAUACUAGAAGCACUCAAAGAAAAAUGGUGGAAUGAUAAUCCAGAAGCCGCUCAAUGUGAGAUAGAGGACGAUUCGACAUACGGAAUUUCUAUUCAGAACAUUGGAGGAGUAUUUAUUGUUACCUUCGUAGCAAUCAGCCUCGCUUGCAUUACUGUGGGCCUGGAACAUUGGUGGCACAUAUUUAGAAAGCGACACGCCGUUACAUCUGUCUCUCAGAUACAGCCAGAGACAAAAACUUCCAAGCUUCUUCUAUUCACAAAGGAAAGUGAUAUAAACAUUUCUCGAUCAAAUCUAGAAACAUAGUCUUAGCUCAUAUAUAUCACAUCAAUUUUGAAUUAAAAUUUUAAUGAAAAAAAUUAUUCACUUGUGAUUCACGAUUUU